CCUAGCUCCCUGACAAACUAUUGUGAUGUAGCCUAUUUGAUGUGUGUAUGUAUAUAUUUGUGAUUUGCUGUAGGUCAAAUCAAUUGCACGUGCUCGAUAUUUGCUCUCAAUUGUUAUUGAAAGAAAAAGUACAACAAAUUAAAGAUAUGUGCAACCCUCUGAAUGAUUCUCUCAACCCAAAGUGGCUCCCUUACAACAAAAUAGUGAGUAACACUGCACUAGCCAGUCAUUACACAUACGUUUCCACUCCUCAGACUGCUGGACUGUUCUGUAGCUACACAUAUCGCACCCUUCCUUCUCCCUCCACAACAGUUUCCCAAUGAAGUUUGCAAUGACAUUUCCACUUAAAAUCGUCCUCUCCUCCUUUGAACAGUCGUCACGUCCGGUUCUCGUUGCACGAGCAGUUCGAGUCUUCCAAUGAUCGGUCUAUUGCGGCAUUGCCUUGUCAGUUAGUUGACUAUUACAUUUCACAAUCGAGGUAUAGGCACGUUUAACGCCUUACUGGCUUUUAAUGAAUGUGACACGAAGGAGCCGAAAUGAAUGGUGAAGCACGCGGACUGUAACCUUAGCGGUCUUGAUUUCUGCAAAAGUCAUGUCAUUCGGAACAGCGACAACCACGAUAUUCAAAACGGUAACUGUUGGGCAACAUUCACUGAUGGACAUGGAGUCUGCAUUAUGUCCCUCGUCCAAUCAGAACGGCUGCAUCCUGAACCCACUUCCUGUCUCCGAGACCAAACAGGAACAGGAAGUAGCUCCACCUCCCUGUCUGAGGGUGCACCUGUACCACCUGGGCCAGGGCGGAGCCAACAGCCAAGAGCUCACCUACCCGGCAGGGGACUAUGUGGCUGAGGAGCUGUGCAUCGACGCGGCCAAGGCAUGCGGCCUGUCACCGUUGUAUUGCAGCCUGUUUGGCCUGAUGAGGGAGAGCGACCGCAUGUGGUUCCCACCCAAUCACAUCCUCAAACUCGACCAAUCAGCAAAUGACAGUCUCCUCUUCAGAGUGAGGUACUACUUCCCUGGCUGGUAUGGAGGCUCCUGUUCCCACCGCUAUGGGGUCAACAAGGGAAUGGACAGCCCGGUGUUCGACGAUACCGUCAUGUCCUACCUCUUCGCUCAGUGGCGUAGUGACUUUGUGCAUAGCUGGGUGAUUAUCCCAGUGGACCAUGAGACCCAGGAGGAGUGUCUUGGCAUGGCUGUGUUGGACAUGAUGAGGAUGGCUAAGGAGAGUAGCCAGUCCCCUGUGGACAUCUAUAACGACACCAGCUAUAAGUUGUUCCUGCCCAAGGACAUACGUGCCCAUAUCCAAGAGUACCACUUUGUGACCCGGAAGAGGAUCCGCCAUCGCUUCAGGAAGUUCAUCCAGCAGUUCAGCCAGUGUAAAGCCACGGCUCGUGACCUCAAGCUCAAAUACCUGGUGAACCUGGAGACGCUGCACCCAGCCUUCUACUCAGAGUGCUUCCGUGUCACUGAGUCCUUGGAAGGAGAGGUCACCAUCGUCGUCACAGGAAACAACGGCAUCCAGUGGUCCCGGGAGGAGGAUAAGGAGGCAGACAAGGGUUUCCAGACGUACUGUGAUUUCCCUGAAGUUAUUGACAUCAGCAUCAAACAAGCCAACAAGGAUGGCUCUAUCGAGAGUCGUAUCGUCACCAUCAACAGACAGGACAGUCAGACUCUGGAGCUGGAGUUCCGUUCCCUGUCGGAGGCUCUGUCCUUUGUGUCUUUGGUGGAUGGCUACUACCGGCUCAUAGCCGACGCUCACCACUUCCUGUGUAAAGAGGUGGCGCCCCCUAGGCUGCUGGAGGCCAUUCAGAGUUACUGCCAUGGUCCAGUCUCGAUGGACUUUGCUAUCGGUAAGCUGCGGCGGUCUGGGAAUCAGAAGGGUCUGUACAUCCUCCGUAGCAGCCCUAAGGACUACAACAAAUACUUCCUGUCUUUUGUAGUGGGCUGUGACAGCCUAGUUGAGUACAAGCACUGCCAGAUAGUGAAGACGGAUCAGGGAGACUACAUCCUCUCUGGGGCCACGAAGAGUUUUGCUUCUCUGAGGGAGCUGCUCCACCGCUACCAGAAGGAAGCUCUGCGCUCUGACGGACACAUCUUCCAGUUCACCAAGUGCUGCCCGCCUAAAGCGAAAGACAAGUCUAACCUGUUGGUGUGCCGCAGUAACCAGGGUGCUGAGGUUCCCCUGUCCCCCUCUCUGCACAGACACAACAUCAGCCAGAUGGUCUUCCACAAGAUACGCAAGGAGGAUCUUGUCAUCAAAGACAGUCUGGGUCAGGGGACGUUUACUAAGAUCUUCUGUGGCGUGAGGAAGGAGCUGGGAGACUACGGAGAGAUUCACCAGAUGGACGUCCUUGUUAAGAUCCUGGAUAAGGCUCACCGAAACUACUCUGAGUCGUUCUUUGAAGCCGCCAGUAUGAUGAGCCAGCUAUCCCAUAAGCACCUGCUCCUCACCUAUGGCGUGUGUGUCUGCGGAGAGGAGAACAUGAUGGUGCAGGAAUAUGGGAAGUUUGGCUCCCUGGAUACAUACCUGAUGAAGAAGAAGAGCUCUGUGAACAUCACCUGGAAGCUAGAGGUGGCCAAGCAGCUGGCCUGGGCUAUGCAUUACCUGGAGGACAAGAGCCUGGUCCAUGGGAACGUGUGUGCCAAGAAUGUCCUGUUGAUCCGAGAGGAGGACAGGAAGACUGGGAACCCCCCCUUCAUCAAACUGAGUGACCCUGGAAUCAGCAUCACUGUGCUGCCCAAAGAUGUCCUUGUGGAGCGCAUCCCCUGGGUACCUCCAGAGUGUUUAGAGGAGGACAGACAUCUGACUCUGGCUACAGAUAAGUGGGCCUUCGGCACCACUCUGUGGGAGAUCUGUAGUGGAGGAGACAGACCACUCAGCACACUGGACUGCUCCAAGAAACGUCUGUUCUAUGAAGACCAUCACCAGCUGCCUGCUCCUAAGUGGACAGAGCUGGCCAACCUGAUCAACAGCUGUAUGGACUAUGAGCCGUCCAACAGACCCUCCUUCAGAGCUGUUAUCAGAGACCUCAACAGCCUCUUCACACCUGACUAUGAGUUGCUGGUGGAGAGUGACAUGGUGCCCAACAAGGCCAGAGGGUUUGGGUUCCCAGGGGCCUUUGAGAACCAAAACCCUGCUCAGUUUGAAGAGAGACAUCUCAUCUUCCUCAAGCAGCUGGGCAAGGGUAACUUUGGCAGUGUGGAGAUGUGUAGGUAUGACCCUCUGCAGGAUAACACUGGGGAGGUUGUGGCAGUCAAGAAGCUGCAGCACAGCACAGCAGAACACCUCCGAGACUUUGAACGUGAGAUAGAGAUCCUCAAGUCCCUUCAGCAUGACAACAUCGUCAAGUACAAGGGAGUGUGUUACAGUGCUGGCCGGAGGAACCUGCGUCUCAUCAUGGAGUACCUCCCCUACGGCAGUCUGAGGGACUACCUCAUCAAGAACAAGGCCCGCUUCGACUACAAGAAGCUCCUGCACUACGCCUCACAGAUCUGCAAGGGCAUGGACUACCUGGCGACCAAACGCUACAUCCACCGCGACUUGGCCACUCGUAACAUCCUGGUAGAGAGUGAGCUGAGGGUGAAGAUAGGAGACUUUGGCCUUACCAAGGUCCUGCCUCAGGACAAGGACUACUACACUGUCAGAGAGCCGGGAGAGAGCCCCAUCUUCUGGUAUGCCCCGGAGUCUCUGACAGAGAGUAAGUUUUCAGUGGGCUCUGACGUGUGGAGCUUUGGAGUGGUUCUCUAUGAGCUGUUCAGUGACAAGAACUGCAGUCCUCCGGCAGCGUUCAUGGAUAAGAUGGGCCGUGACAAGCAGGGUCAGAUGAUAGUGUAUCACCUCAUAGAUCUCCUGAAGAAAGGAUACAGACUGCCUGCUCCCCAGGGAUGCCCUGAGGAGAUCCAGCACAUGAUGACCGAGUGCUGGAACAUUGACCCAGCCCUGCGGCCCACCUUCAAGAAGUUAGCCCAGACCGUGGACAUGUUCCGGGACAGUAAGGAGGGCUGAGGAACCCUUCCUGGAGGUCUCUGCUGGAGGGGCCUGGCCCAGCCCACACCGAUCACCUGGGUUGUGUUCAUUAGGCACCAAACGGACUGAAAGGGAUUACCUGGACUUGUCCAAUAAGAAACGCUCAGUUUCCUUUUCUGUUGCAAAGCGCUUUGCUACAGUGUGCCCUAAUGAAUACAUCCCUGACGACGCCUCAACUCUAAAAGACGACGACAUUGAAGUCACCUGACCCAACCGUCUUCUGGAGCAGAGCGCAGAAAACGGGGGAGUAUUACCAAUGGCAUUCUGGGACAAGGCUCAAAAAUGGUCUACUUUGUGAUCAAACCUAGCCACUUUCUCAGGGAUUCUGGGGAUCUCUGAAAUUACCAUAUGCUUUUACUUUGUUGCCGUCAUUUCUCCAUUUGGAGAUGUUUUCACUGUUUGACUUCUUUCAGACUCUCUGACUCUCUCCAGCACAGAACACCCAGCUGUUGAUGAUGUGUUAACGGCGACACAGAACACCCAGCUGUUGAUGAUGUGUUAAAGGCAACACAGAACACCCAGCUGUUGAUGAUGUGUUAACGGCGACACAGAACACCCAGCUGUUGAUGAUGUGUUAAAGUCAACACAGAACACCCAGCUGUUGAUGAUGUGUUAACGGCAACACAAAACACCCAGCUGUUGAUGAUGUGUUAAAGGCGACACAGAACACCCAGCUGUUGAUGAUGUGUUAAAGGCAACACAGAACACCCAGCUGUUGAUGAUGUGUUAACGGCGACACAGAAGGCACGUGAGGGAAAGCAACACAGAAUAUGUACUGUGCAGUUAGUAAAGGAUGUUCAACUGCCUUCUUCCUUAACUCAAGUGGAUUAUGUCAAACCACAUUUCUCUUUUUCACCUAAGGGAAGAACUAAUAAAGCAAUACUGCUUUUAGAGACACAAAGACGUGGGAGGAAAGGGUGAUGAGAAAACAAUGAAGGGAGAUGUUUGACAAAGGGUGCAACCUUUAUUUAUGUUUUCUCUACCCGCCUACUUAUAGUCGUACCCUGAAAUCUUGGGCUAUUGCAAAGUAACAUGCAGAAGGAAUUGUUGACUUGUGUGCUUCCCCUUUUAUAAUAUUCUAUAACUUGACGAGUCUAGGAUGCUGUGCACUGCCAGUUGGAAAAUGUCUUCAAUAUAGUGUCGCUACAUAGCAAUAUUUGGAAUGAGACUGACUAAAUGGUGUAGGUGAAAGCAUCAACAGACGAGAAGUGCAGAGAUGAGGUGGAAUUUCAGUUCAUGGACAUUUAAGUAAGUAUGCAGGUAGCCUAGCGGUUAGAGCAAACGGUCUCUGGUUCGAAUAUCCAAGCCGACAAGGUGAAAAACUGUCCAUGUGCCCUUGAGCGAAGUACUUAAUUUACUCCAGGGGCGUUGUACUACUGUGGUUAAAACAACACAUUUCACUACACCUAUCUGGUGUGUAACAAAACACAUAGUGCCCCCCUGUGACAAAACGCAUAGUGCCCCCCUGUGACAAAACGCAUAGUGCCCCCUGUGACAAAACGCAUAGUGCCCCCCUGUGACAAAACACAUAGUGCCUCCCUGUAACAAAACACAUAGUGCCCCACUGUGACAAAACGCAUAGUGCCCCCCUGUGACAAAACACAUAGUGCCCCCCUGUAACAAAACACAUAGUGCCCCCCUGUGACAAAACACAUAGUGCCCCCCUGUGACAAAACACAUAGUGCCCCCUGUGACAAAACACAUAGUG